GCACUAUGAAUAUAUGAUCGGACGAUUCUCUCCAUCUUUUUCCUUAUAACUUCAACUGCUUCCACGAAGGAGAAAAGUCCCCGAGAAACCCUAGAGGUAUUCAUGUAAGGUUUAACACUCUGCUCUGCUCUGCUCGUUCUGGUUUCUGGUUCCCUGUUUGGUUUUCGUGAGAUCAAAGGUGUGAACUUUGGCAACUCUGUAACUUGGGUUUCCAACUUUGGUUUCACAAGGUUCUCUGAAAGAAUUGUGCGAAAGGAUUACGUAGCUGCAAUGGGUCGUUCACUGUUUUGGAUAAGAAAUUGCUUUUGUAGGUUAAAGAUGGGUUCUUUCCCCCCACUUAGUUGCCACAGACUCGAAGUAGUAACGUGGUAGCUUCUGUUGAUUGGUCCCAAAAAGAUUCGUCAGUGUAAUGUCGUAGUUUCUUCGCCUCUUUCGGUUGUGUUUCCUUGCCUGUAUUCUGUUAUGGCCAUGAAAAAGCAUCAACACUUGAGGUUUAGGGUUUGCUUCUCACCUCACAGAUCCAAUAAUGUUCAUUGCGUUGGUGUACCUUUGUGUGUAUUCUACUGCUAUUGUUAACCCCUUCGGUUCAAUUCUAUGAAUCGCAGUUAGCAAGACUGGUGGAUUUUCCCUUGCCUGUAGAGUGACAUGGCGGCGAAUGGAGGUGAAUUGGGGAUCAAGGUGCGAAGGCAGAAAGGCGUGAACUCUUGGAGGUGGAAAGUGUGUCGGAUUCGAGGUGUAACAAAAUGGGAGAGGAUCAAGCAGGCUGAAACGAGAAUUAGAGGCUUGGAAGCCGAGAUUCAAGUUAGGAACAGUGAGUAUGAAGAGCUCAAGGAGAAGUAUGAGGCACUGGAGCUUGCCCUGGAACGCGAGAAGAAGAAGACGAAGGCUGAGGACGAGGCCAAAGUUUUGAGACGAAUGUCCCAAGAAUUGGGCUCUAAGGUGGGAAAAGACUGGCUGAGUCUUGAAAUCAGGGCAGAUGACUUGCAGGUGGAUCAACAGCAGGCUCCUGGAGCUACUUCUGACAUUUUGGCUACACCAGGUAGCAAUCUUCCAAGCCAAUACAAUCCCUUUAUUGGAGGGGAGAAAUGUGGAGGCAUAAGUACUGAUAGACUAGCCAGAACACAGUUGUUUUUUAAAGAAGAAAACAAGAACGUUGGAGAGAUGGCUCCAUCAGCUCCUGAAGAUCUCAAAUCUUCUUAUCCUGGCUCAAAGCUCUGCACUUUGUCAUUGAGUACAGGCAUCGAAGAUGAGAAAUCUCCUGAAAUCAGUCUGAAGAGCAAGAUUAACAAUCAUCAUUACCUUGACGAUGGUACGAAGACGUGCGUCGCUAGUUGUCCAUCUGGCACAGCUGUAAAACAAGAGAUUGUGUACAAGCUUCAAAGAGAUAAGGAUUGGGAGUCCUCCUGGGAUCUAGCUGCGGAUUUCGAGAAAGAUGAUAUGCUGUGCAUGAUGGCUGUCUGUACCCUUUAUCGAAUGCAAACUCCCGAUGAACGUGAAGAGGGGCUUACAUUUCACCGCAAUGGGCGAGGAUUCAGCCAGACUCAUGCUCCCAUGGGCUCCGAGAUCGCGGAGUUUCUCACGGAUGAGGAUCCUGAUGGUGAUAUGAAGCGAAAUGUGGCAGAGUUACGAGCAGAGUUUCCUGAUGGAGUCGAGACCUGCAGGGAAAUCGCAUUGUAUCAUGCGAGGCAACUGUUCGAGAUUUACGAGAACGAGGAGGAUGAUCUCUGGUAAAGCCGUGGGCUACAAGUAAAAGCAAGGGAGUCUUCAAACUCUGGAAAAGCCUUUCCUUCAUGUAGGAUGGUGAGGUCACUGCUUAUUUUGUGUGCAGUCUAGCUAGCAGUCUGACUAAUUAAACUGUUUCAGCACGCCUAGUUAUUUUGUAGGAAGCUAAUGAAUUGUGUACAGUUUG